CAGUUAGUGCUAGCAGGCGCUUUCACUCGGAGACGCUUUUCUGGAGCCGGGGAGAAAACUUGCCUUCGUUUGUUUCGUCUGACAGCGGGACGUUUCGCUAGGAUCUGGAAACGGUCGUGUCGUGGCAAUCGCACACCCACUGAAACUAUGUAGAGAUGGAGUUCGUGAAACUGAUCGGAACUGUUUUGGCAGUUUGUUUCCAUCCCUGCGGCGCGUCAAGCGCUUUCGGUGAUCACAGGAUAUGCCGGAGAGGGACAGAGAAGCCCUGCUAUAAGAUAAGCUUCCAGGACAUCAGGCUCAGGGCGAGCUUCGAGGCAGCCAGGCAGAAAUGCUGGGAGGACGGUGGAGAGCUGCUCAGCAUUGAGACUGAGAACGAGCAGCAUCUGGUGGAGAAAUUUGUUCAGAACCUCAGGGCUUCUGAUGGACACUUCUGGAUAGGGCUACGGAGAAACCCACGGUAUAAUGCAGACUGUUCAUCGCAGUAUUACUGGUUGGAUUACAGUCGGGCUACGUUCAGGAACUGGCUGGUGACAGAGCCCUCGUGUGGCCUUGAUCAGUGUGUGGCGUUAUUCUACAGGCCCUCAUCUUCUGCUGGACAGAAGGAUCACAACCUGUUCAAGUGGGCUGACUACAACUGCAAUUCCAAGAAUAAUUUCAUCUGCAAGUAUUUGGACGAGAAGCAUCCUGUCCCCACUCCAGCAGGAAAUAUCACCACACUCACAGGUAGGGAUGACCUGAGUCUGGUGCCGAAGCAGCCGUCUAUUACAGUGGACAAUGACAGGAUAAAAACCGAACUCUCAGAGUCAACAGUUUCGGUUUCAGACGAUGCUAAUAUUUACUACAUCCUCCUCGCCACUCUGCCUGUAAUGCUGCUGUUGAUACUGGUGGUGUCGGGGGUGUUCUGCUUCAGAGUCAUGUCGAGGAGGAGAAAAGAACAGAAUGAAAUCUAUGCCGUGCCGGGACAGUGGGUGCGUCCGGCGUCUCCAAACAGUCAGAACGAUUAUAAACACACAGACAAAUUCAACCGGUCUGGAGCUCACCUGGAGUACAUGAGCUCCGAAAUCAACAGAACAUUCAUUGUGACGUCCACGAGCGGUCAGUUCGAGGACUACGAGAACGUCCCGAGCCGCCCCGCGCAGUGCGGUUUUGUCACCAAUGACAUCUACGAGACCUGCCGGAGCUCCUCGGCGGCGGAGGCCGGAUGGGUGGACAAUGACAUCUAUGGAUACUAAAACACUACACCAACUGGUAAAUACAGGGGUGUGCAGAUUCCCAUCACUGACCGCGCAGAGAAGCAUAAAGGUGUCAUCAGCUUGUGGGAGCUUCCUGCGCGGAAGCUGGCGUCCUGGAAAGGGACCUUCCAUUUGGAAACUCACAAAACGGUGCGCUGACCUCUCGGCCCAUCUCAACAACAUCCUUCUGUGUCUCUGAGAAUGGAAGGAUACCUGCUGGUUUUUAAAGACUGGCUAGUUGCUUUGUAAGCUCUUUUGUGUAAAAAACAGAGUUGAAGCAUUUGUGCGUAUGGAAACAUAUUGUAAAAUAUUGAAUGUAUUUCGCUUUUGGGUAUCGAAUUACGAGCAGAACGAUAAAUAAUGUUUUGCUGUGUUUGGAUUGUAAGUCAUAUGUUGUCUUAAUAAUAAUAAUAAUAAUCCUUGUCGAGUUAUUCAGACUUGUAUACAGAACAGCUUUUAAUGGAUAUGUUUGUGUUUAAUCAAAGUGUUCCCAAACUCCAGGAAAAUCAGGCCUGGAAAGGAAGAAUGUAUACGUUCUAAUAAACAUACGUCUUUCUAGAUGGUAAGAACUUGACUGCAAAAAUCUUGUAAAUGUCCUGACGUUGACGCAAUGUGACUCUAACAAAUGAUUUAAUAGUAUUUGAUAAGGAAUAAAAGUUUUUGAAAUCUCA